GUGUGUGUAGAAGGGAAGUGGUGACAUUGAAAUAACAUAAGAUAAAAUUAAUGUUGAAAACUUCCUGUUUCUCCGUCUGACCUACUGUACAGGAAAUUUUAUAUCUUUUUGCAUUGUUUUUCAAAGUUUGGAAAGUCAUAGAAUUUAAAUUUUAUGUGCAAUUGUGCUUAGGCUUUCUUGUGGUGGAUCCAUCAUGCAGUGGAACUAUGUUUAUUUGCUGUCAUUCGGAGAUAAAUGUUAAUGAUUUGGUUAUAGUGUAUUGAUGGAAUGUUAAAAUUCAAGUAGAUAGUUGCACAGUAGUUGCUAAGGUACACAUGUACAUUCGAUGUAUGGGGAUAAGUUCGGGAAAAUUUUCAGUUGACAUGUUUGUGUGACAUUACAAUGGGAGGUCUUAGCUGUGUGGCAGGUAAACCCGAGAAUGAGGAGCCACAGGAGGCGGAGUCUGUGAAGCGCACGGCAACCGUGCAGAGGAGCGAUUCCCAGAAACCAUGGAAUAGGAAUAGUCAGCAAGUGUACUGUGGGGAACCUCGGAAAAAGUCUGAAGACAAGCCUCCGGAUGAUGCUGAAGAGACUAAACAGGAAAAGACUGCUUGUGACGCUGACAAUGACAACAUACCUAGUGAUGGGACAGAGACGAAAGAUCACGAGGAGUUGAAACCGAAACUGUCUCAUAGUAUUGCUUCUGAUGCAGAAAUUUUAGAUGAAAUGGUGGAUCUCUCUGAUAAAGAGGACAUGGAAAGCGAGUCUAAAGAUUCGGUUCCUGACAUCAUGGUAGAAUCAGUGAUACAGCACGUAAAGUUUUACCCCCCUCCUCAUAUUGCACCAUUUGAUCCUACCAUAGAUGUGAAAAAAAGACCAAGAAGUUUAGACUCUGCAGAAAACCAGUUUUCUCCUAGAAAAUCUAGACCUUUGAGUUAUAGUCCUGGACUGUUAAAGACAAAACAUCCACGAAGUUUACACAGUAUAAAUGAAACCGUGGACAAAUCUCCACGGAAACGACCAAAAAGUAUGGACAUGACAAAUUUCUUUGAAGUGAAAGGAUUUGAUAUUCAUACGCAAAAAUUGCGGAGAGUUUUAACACAGAAAGUACGAGAGAAAAUAAAAGAAGAUAUGCAAAAUAAUAAAUGUACCAUACAGCCUGGUCAAGUGAAAUAUUUGGAGGAAGGACCAAGCAGAUGUUUUCAACCAAGUCAAAUGGCAGCAAGAAAGAAGAAGAAUAGGGAUCUUAAAGUUAAAGAGAUUGCGUAUUUGAAGAAAGCCUUGACAAAACCACGUAUGAAGUUUUCAAAAUCACUUGAAAUAUUUUUCCAGCAUAAUAUUCAGUAUAUGCAGUACGAUCCACUGUUAGAGCCACGCCUAGCUCAACCGAGCAAUCCCUGGAUCACUGAUGACGAGACAAUGUGGGAUAUUAAUAGAGACUUAGUAGAUGUACCAACUGUGAACCGUAUAAAGAAGUGGGCGGUUAGCUUUGAAGAUCUGCUACAUGACAAGACGGGUGAGAAGGAGUUUGAACAGUUCUUGAAGAAGGAAUACAGUAUUGAGAAUAUAGCUUUUUAUAGAACCUGCAAAGAUCUGGUCACCUGUCCUAAUGCAAAAGUAGUCUUACUGAAGACGAAAAUCGAAAAAGAGUUUUUAACUGCUGGUGCCAUACAUGAGGUGAACGUGGAUUGUAAAACUCUCGAGAAAGUUACAUCCCAGUUAAAGGAAGAUAAAGAUUUGUCGGGAAGAACUAGAUAUAUAUUCCAACCGGCCAUGGAGCAUGUAUAUGCAUUGAUGAAAAAAGACAGUUAUUCAAGAUUUCUCCGCUCUGACCAAUAUAACCAACUGUUAGACAAAUCUCAAACACACUAUACAAAGAAAAAGUUUUUCAACUUUGGUAGCAACCGUAAAAAGACUCCAAGCCCUCUUGUUCGUCGAAGAGGUAGUGCUUCCAGCGAAGGUGCCGAUGGCGAUUUAGGGGGACCCGCGUACCAUUCAUACAGUACUGGGAACCUUCGUGAACUUGAUGAAAAACCAAGGCGAUCUCAGAGAACCUCAUAUGUGGGAUCUGAUAGCAGUAUUUAUAUGGGCACUUACGACGGGCAAAGUAAUUCCCCGUCUGUACGUAGACGUACUGAAAACAUGGAUUCCGACAACAAAUUAACUACCAGUAGUAAUGAUCCACGUCGCCGUAGCAACUUGGAGGUUCCACGAUCAACGUACCAGGGGAUGAAUUCAGAGGGGAACCGCAAGUCUGAAGCCGUGAAUCCAUGUCUAGCUAUCAGCGUUCCUAGAACAAACGUCGUCACUCCAUGGGAGGGAGAGUCUUAAUUUGACUAUGGUCUAACACAUACGAAACAUGACAGCGUAAUGUCAGCCAUAAAAUUCCAGUAAAUUGGUGGAUUUUGAUAGGUUCACCUUUAGUUAUAAGUUCUAAACAACUGUAAAAUAUUGGGAGAUAUUCUUCUUUGAUAUAAAUAUAUAUAUAUAGGGUUAAUUUUGAAAAUCUGUAAACUAUUGAGAUGACAGCAUAUAUUUAGAAUGUCUAGAUAAUUAUAAUUGUUAUGAAACAUAUAUUUUGAUGUUUGACAUGUGUGUAGAAUAUUUUACACAUGAACAGCAAGAUUUUGAUCCAUGAAUGGCUGUUAAAAGUUUCAAGUAUGCAUUGUUUUGUAAAUUUAUUGUAUAUCAGAUGCACUAUUUCUAUAUCAUUCCAUGAAUUUUUAAAGCUCACCUGAGCUUAUAUGCACAUUUUGAGCUCUUAUGAUUGUUAGAUGUUCCGUGUUUGUCUGCUAGUUUGUAUCGGUGUUCCUUCAAAUAUCCAAAAGUCAUUAUUUUAAAAGUAUACACCGAGUUCUGGAAAAGUGUCCCUUAUCUGUAAUAUAUUUUGUUUAUGUAGAUUUUUUUUACUUCUGCGGCUAUAUUUAUCUUCCUUAAAUGUUCGCUGAAAGCGAAAAGAUUACUGAAUGAACCAACCAAAUCAAACAUCAACUUUGUUUUUCUUUUUUUUUCUUUCAUGGGUUUUUUAUUUAAUUAACUAAUUUUGCACCAUAGGAAAAUAUUUUAUUAUAUUGAUUCACUACAAAUAGCUGUUGCCUUUAUCUAAAAGUUUUUAUAUUUUUCAUCAAUUAUUUUGCACUGUAAGAUACAGGUGAGUCACAAAGGGCCAACAGGGUUCUCUUGUUAUGUAUUGUUCUUGUUCCUUGUUAUACGAAUUAAUUGUUAUGUCUUUAUUGAUCCCACUGUUUUCAUAUUGUUGUUUUUAUCUGUGAAAAAGUGAUUGUUGUUACCUGUUUACCAUAGACAUUGUAAUGAUGAUAAGGAUAGUAAAUUCCAGUUGCGAUUCUAGAAUUUUCAAAUCAAGUCUUAAUUCUAGAAUUUGAGGAAUAGUUCCAAGAAUUGAGUGGUUAUUCCAGAAAUUGAGAAAUUAUUCCAAAAAGUGAGUUGGUAGUUCUAGAAUUUGAAGAAUUAUUCCAAGAACGUAUUUAGUGGUAAUUCUAGAAUUUCAGAAACUAUUCCAAGAACGUAUUUAGUGGUAAUUCUAGAAUUUGAGGAGUUAUUCCAAGAAUUGAGUUGUUAAUUCUAGAAUUUAAAAAUUAUUCCAAGAUUGUAUUUAGUGGUAAUUCUAGAAUUUGAGGAACAAAUUUCAAGUCAAGCAUCAAAAGAAGAAUUAGAGAUAAUUUUGAAGAGUUGAGAAAUAGUUUAAUUAUUAUCAUUGGGUGAUAAUUUUAAAAAAUGGCAAGAUAAAAUUAUGAUAAGAAUGAUAAUUGGGAAUUCUACCUUUGAUAUAAAUCAGUGGGUAUAUAAAUAAAUAUGUCCUCUAAGUUUUCCUAUUCCUUACUAAGUGUAUAUUACCCAAAAAUAUGUUUAUAAAAAGCAGCAUAUACCAAGUUUUACAUAUCGAGUUUAAAAUGGUAACAAAGCAGGAUUAGUCAGUUUGGUAAGAAGUAAGUGUGAUAAUAUCCCCAGUGAUACAAAAUUAUGAAAACAGUGCCUUGUUAGAAAUACAGUUAGUGUAAAUAUAUAUAUCAUAUAUAUAUAUAUAUAUAGAGUUAUUUCAAUUGUAUAAAUGUACGUUCUUUUUUAAUGUAUACAUUAUCUUUUGUUAAAUAAUAUUUCUUUGUAUGAUAGUGUUUGACAGUGUGUGAAUGAAAACUUUCUCACUUUUUCUCUCUUUUUCACAGCAUGCAUGUUUUAUGUGCUCUUGAAUAAUUUUGUAGUCAGUUGUUUUUUUUAUUGAAGUUCUUUAAAGAUGUUAAGUCAUAUUUUAUAUGGAAUAGAAAUCAUUAGGUAUCACAAGUAAUUUAUUGUAGGCAAUUUAUAGAUAAUUUUCAUUCAUAGAAAGAUAACAACUGUACUGUCAUUCAGAAUCUACUAUUCUUAAAAGCAUAGUGGCCAACUUUCUUUC